CGCUGUGUCAGGAGGCGUGCGGAGGACGCGGCUCCCGAGGCGGCGGACUGACAGGCGCCAUGUUCCUGACCGCGCUCCUGUGCCGCAAUCGCAUCCCUGGCCGGCAGUGGAUCGGAAAGCAUCGGCGGCCGCGCCGCGUGUCCUUCCAGGCGAAGCAGAACACUCUGCGCCGCCUGGAGACGGAGGCGGAGAACCACUACUGGCUGAGCACGCCCUUCCUGAGCGCCGCGCAGGAGUGCGGGCACGCCGCGGCCCGCAGGGCGGCCGCCUUCGAGGCCAUCAAGGCGGCCAAGGAGGCCAAGUUCCCGCAGCACCGGCGGCUCGCCGACCACCUCAGCCACCUCAGCGUCACCGGGAAGUGGGCCUGAGCGCCGCCCGCUGCCGGCGCCGGGCGCUGGGGGAGGAGGGGGCCGGCAGGAAGCGUGGCUUGGCGCGGAAAACGCCACACUGUACAGAUAGGUUGUAGUACACCUGAACCUGUAUAUUAACCGGUGUCACCCCAAUAAGUUCAAUUUAAAAAAACGACCUUUGGACCAGAGUCGUGAACAGAGCGUUCAGAACAUUACGUCUUCAAGCUCCAGCUUUUCUCGUGUGUUUGUUUCUUCACCAGGGUUAUAGUGAUAUAAGGUGCAUUUGGAUUAACUUGCGAUGAAACUGCAAACUAAAGGCUUGGAGUCCAUGUAUGUGACACCCAAUGGGUUGCCUAAACGUAAAUGAAAACAAGCUGUCAAAUAUAUUCCUAAAAAUGUCAUUUUUUUCCCUUCUACCAACAGUGGACAUUUAAAUGAAGUAAAACUUUUUUUUUUUAAUCAGAA